GAACGACGUGAGCUACCAUGGCUGCCCGCAGAUCCGCACGCCAAACAUCGACGCCCUUGCCUGGAACGGAAUCCGGCUGCGCCGCUACUAUACCCAGCCGCUCUGCACGCCGUCCAGGGCAGCGCUGCUUACGGGCCGCUACCCCCUUAACAUUGGGUUCCAGCACUCAAUCAUCUACAACGAGGAACCGAGGGGGCUGCCACUUUGGGCUUCGCUAUUGCCCCAGUGGUUGGCGGACCUCGGAUAUGUCACCCAUCACCUGGGAAAGUGGCACAUCGGUUUCUUCAAAAAGGAGUACACUCCCACAAUGCGAGGUUUCGAACGGCACGUGGGCUUCUGGGGCGCCUACAUCGACUACUACAAGCACGAGAAGACCUAUCUCGGGUCAACCCAUUCGCCAGGACUGGACAUGAGAAGAAAUUUCUUCCCAGCCAGGAACGAUAGUGGAAUAUACGUCACUGAGCUCUUAACUAAGGAAGCCUUGGAAGUUAUCGAAAAUCAUCCGGAAGACAAGCCUUUGUUUUUGUACCUGGCACACCUAGCUCCCCACUCGGCCAGUCCCCAAGAUCCUCUGCAAGUGCCUGACAAGUACGUCGAGCAGUACCGAGACAUCGGGUCUCCAGAACGGAUGAAGUACGCAGGCAUGGUUUCGGCCCUGGACGAGUCCGUGGGCCUGGUGUUUGAGGCCCUGGCGAAGAAGGGCAUGCUGAGCAACACUUUGCUGGCGUUCAGUUCAGACAACGGCGCCGACGUGGCCAGUCCAAACGCCAACUACGCGUCAUCGUGGCCGCUGCGGGGCCAGAAGUACACCCCCUGGGAAGGAGGCGUGCGCGCGCCGGCCCUCCUCUGGAGCCAGGCGCUCGGUCCCAAAGUCCGGGCCGGCAGCGACUACGAGCACCUGUUCCACAUUACCGACUGGCUACCCACUCUGUAUCAGCUGGCGGGAGGCAAUCUGGCAGACCUAGGCGACAUCGACGGAGUCAGCCACGCCGCCGCGCUGCUGGGUGACGCGAGUGCACUGCCGCCGCCGCGCACGGAACUCGUGGUGAACAUCGACCCGAUUGACAAUUACUCGGUCAUCAUCGACGGCCGCUUCAAGCUCGUGAUGGGCGUCGCAGAAGAGGGAAAGUACGAGCAGUGGUACCCGAUAGUGGGCAAUGUCGACUGGAACUUCAACCAAGCCCCUCGAACAGUGCGAGACGUCACCCGUGGCUCGGGUGCUGAGGAGCUUGGGCUCGGAACCGGCGUGCGGCCCGUUGGGCGGGGCCACUCCCAUCAACUGCGGCGUCCGGGACUCCGCAAGGACGUGCCGGCCCACUGUGGCGUCCUGCCUGUUCGACCUGCAUGACGACCCGUGCGAGUACAAUGACGUCGCCGCCGAGCCAUCCCGAGGUGAGGCGUUCAGAUACCGACCGUUUCCAAGCGUGCGUGAUGGGCUGAGGAAGUUAUCAAACAUCACAUCUAGGGCAUUUGCACGAACACAACAAAAGCAUGGUGAAGUCGACCUCUUGGCGUGAAAGUUGCCUUUCGGUCUUGCAUGCUAGUCGGACUCGUCAGACUGCGUCAGCCCAACCCACUCGCAACUUAGCAAUAUGCAUGCAAGCGCCGAUCUGAUCGGUGAUUCGCAGCAGAAGUAUUGUCAGUUUUCGUGACAAGCCCAUAAAUUUCUCUCUGGAGCAAUAUACAGUGUCAGAGUAAUUCUGAACACCCUUACCACACGUACAAAGAUUUUAUACCCUAACUAAAAAUUUUUUUUUCUUCGAAUACAAGAAUUCAUGUUAUAGAGGCCAAGAGACGUGAUAUGUAUAAUAAAGUAUAGCAAUAACUGUAGCAUGAACUAAAUAGAUAAUUUUAUUUAGUGUCGGAAGCUUUGUACUUUCUGGUGGAAUACUGCAGCAGCAUGCAUGUGUUUCUUUGAAGCUUUAUGCUUGUGCGUUGUUCUUUUUUGCAUUUUUUUUCUAUGCAGUUGGUGAAGAACCUUCUCUCUAAGCUGAGUCGUUACAAGGAUACGUCCACGCCUCCCGCAAAUCUUCCACACGAUCCCCUGUCGGACCCAGGACUUUACGACAACGUUUGGAUCCCCUGGCGAGAGAAGUUGCCGUGAUAUGAUCGAAAGGAGCGAACCGCGCUUCACUGUUAAAAUUCCUUUUUUUUUUUUCUUUUGGCGUCGUCGCUCGUGACCGAGGUGCCCUCCUCAUAAGAGAAAGAACACAGGCAUCCGCGCGCAAGGCAUAGACAUUGCUUCAGCACAGAGAGCGAGCGUUUCUUAAGCAGUCGCACCUGAUUGCAGCUUUGACGCCGCAGAGCAGAGCUUAGAGCUGGCGUUGCAUCCAUGGAAAAAUAAUUUCAUAUUUUUAUUUUUCAGUGAGAAUGAGUCAUUAUCGCAGUAUUUUGGUAGGCACGGACAGGACACAAUAGCGAAUGAUUCCAGACCCUUCUCCGACACUAUCAAUUGGAUGUAAACCUCAGAUUUGAGCCUCCCAGUUUUGCCACUUGAGUGGACAUGCCCUUAAUCAUACCACGAAAUAUGACCAUAUUCGCGAUGGGAUUGUAAAGACUCUCGCAAUGACGGAUGUUGUUACCAUAUUUCCGGAUAUGAUGUAUAUAUGUAGAAGCGAUAAUAAAUUGCAAUCACUUUGUGUUGAACUUUUUAUCUUGUGUUUUUAUGUGCGCGCUCAAGUUUUCAGCGAAUCGAUUUGAGAAAUUGAAUGUUAGCAUUCGACCUAAAUUCAAAUACCAUGGUUCCUAUCCACAGAAUAGUUUGUUCUCUAUAGAGACUCAGACAUAUUAAGCCGGUCAAUCCUGAUACCGAAUAUAUUAUCAGCA